AUUGUACCUGCCUUUCAACCCGUUGGCGCCUCUCCAAAAAAGCCUCUCCCUCUCACACACCCGGCAAGUGAAAUUUGCGCAGCUGAAUCUGCUGUUCCAAUCGUGGAUAGUGAGUCGGCGUAAAAGCCGACGCACUCAGCUCAUGUGAAGCUCGAUAAGCUCGGGAGAAGCUGCAAUGGGGAUUGUGAUAUUCGAGGACACUCGGAAGGCGGAGCUUGAGGAUUUCCGCCAGAUGCUGCUAUCUUGCGCCGCGGUGCAGCGCCGGAAGGACGACGAUGGUUUCAAGCGACGGGAGAAUACGCUGGCCACUGAAGAUGGGGGUGAUGCGCUCGACAGGAUGGUUUGCGUCACUAGCGGCGUCUCCUACCUCGGGAUCGCUAUUGUGAACCACCUCCUGGUCAACGGAUACUCAGUUCGAAUCAUCGUUGAUAAUGAAGAAGAUGUUGAUAAACUGAGGGAAAUGGAAAUUUCUGGAGAAAUGAGACUCGCCGACAGCAUUGUUGAAGUUGUAAUGGCCAAGCUCACUGAAGUAGAAAGCCUUACGGAGGCUUUUCAGGGGUGUUAUUGUGUAUGCCACACUUGUGCAUUUGUGGACCCAGCUGGGCUAUCUGGUUACACUAAAGCCAUGGCUGACAUCGAGGUGAACGCCAGCAAGAAUGUCAUGACAGCAUGUAAACUCUCGCCUUCCGUUCGACACUGCGUGCUCACCUCCUCACUUUUGGCCUGCAUUUGGCGAGACGACUCCCUUGAUGAAUUUCCACCAUUAGUCGAUCACAAAUGCUGGAGCGACGAGUCAAUCUGCAUGAGCAAAAAGCUCUGGUAUGCUCUUGGGAAGUUGAGAGCCGAAAAGGCAGCUUGGGAGAUAGCCAAAGAUGGCCACUUAAAGCUAGUGACAAUCUGUCCGGGGCUCGUCACCGGGCCAGAAUUCUACAACAAAAGUCCAACCUCCACUAUUGCAUACCUGAAAGGCAUGGAAGAGAUGUACAGGCUUGGAUUGCUGGCAACUGUGGACAUAAAGCAAUUAGCAAAGGCGCACGUUAGUGUGUUGGAGCAGAUGAAGAAGACAGCCUGUGGAAGAUACAUUUGCUUCGAUCGGGUGAUCAAAAGGGACGAGGAGAUACGAGUGUUGGCUUGCCAAACAGGUCUGAAUCUGAAUGCAAGUCCAAUUGUUUCUACUACAGAGGACACCCUGACCCCUCAAUUUGAAUUGUCAAAGACAAAGCUUGACAGAUUGCUGCUUGCAAGUGCAACACCACCAAGGUGUUGUCAGUGAUCAUCAUCGAUCGUUAAAUUAAAUUUAAAAGCAUAAGGAUAAGCUCUGAGUCUGCCACGUGUUUGGGAGUAUAUAUUAAUUAAUUAAUUAAUUAAUUAUAUCAAUGUUUAAGAGUGUGUGUAUGCGUCGUCUGUGUGUACUACGUAUAUGUAUAUAUAGAUACUCCAUUUUUGAUGUCCUUUAGUGAAUCCAUUGUUGAAAUUGGAUUGGAUUCUGAAGUCAAAAAUGGAUAUUUUUGGUCUGGGUGGGGCUAAUUAGUUGUGUAUUAUGUUGCACAUUAUUAGAAAGAUAAAUAAAUACACACUAAAGUUGUGGCGUGUG